ACCAGUGUGUACACCACAAUUGUAGCAGCAUCUUCAGCUUCUUCCUCUUAGCCAUUCACUUGGAAAUAAUAAAUAAAAAAAUUAUUUUUGUUUACUAAAAUGCUCUCGUUGCACUCUCUUUGCCGAAAUGGCGGAAAAAACCUCAAAAUGCAGACUAAAAAACUGUUUUCAAAAUACAACUAUCAGCUAAUAAGUCUGAUUGAAAAUAUAACCGAUAUGUUUGUAAGCUUUUUGUUAUUUUGUGCUAUGAAGAAUAACUAAGUUUUUAUCUUUUAGAUGAAUUUUGAUAAAUAAAACGUACACUGUGAUAUGAUCA